GAUGUAAAAUUUCUCCUUAAACAAAUAAUAAAAUUAAAAUUCUUUUUCUUUUUCUUGUCUUUAGACACCUGGUCUUAAACGUAAAACACGUUAUAGUGAACAUCCACUAAUAGAAAGUUCAGUUGGUUGA